AGGCUGAGAUGCGCGCACAGGACGAGGGGAUCAGCGCCGUUGCCGCUGCGCUGUGCUGGAAGAAGGUCGGGCAGAAGGAUGCUGUGGCCGUGUGGCAGAAACGAGCGGAUGACUCGUGCUUUGCUGGGAAGAAGGGGGAGGAGAGGAGGAGGAGGUUGGGUGAGCUGCUUGCGCAGGUGGACGAAGCGAGUGGCCUGGUACAAGGAGGCGGUUCUCCCGGCUCUCGGCCAGGGAAGAUACCGCAACGUAAUGGACAUGAAUGCAGGAGCCGGUGGAGGGUGUCUGCUAAGACAGAGUCGCUGGGCCUGCCUCCGGGGGAGUCGCUAGGGGUUAUCUACGAGCGAGGCUUGAUUGGGACGUACCAGGACUGGUGUGAGCCGUUCUCCACAUACCCUCGCACGUACGACCUCAUACAUGCCGCCUGGCUCUUCUCUGCUAUCUCCAAGAGGUGCUCGGUGGAGGUGGUGCUGAUGGAGAUGGACCGCAUCUUGAGGCCGGAGGGUGCGGUCAUCUUCUGCGACAGCCACGCCGUGCUGCGCACGAUCCAGCCCCUCGCCAAGCGCCUGCGCUGGGACGCCCGAUUCGAAGCCAACCGGCCCGGCGGCAGCGGGCGCAUUCUCGUGUGCGUCAAGAAGUACUGGGUCGAAGGGUAGAGUGUGUGUAUGUGGGGCGGCACAGCAGCAAACACUGGGUCGU